AUGGAGAAGGACGACCCCCCGCAGUUAGUGACCCCUGCGUCGGUGAAAGCCAUCAUCUCGAGGAUUGAGGCUGCCCAGCUGACUCGGGCGCAGGAGGACAUUUCUACUCAGCUCUCAUACAUCUUGGACAAUGUCAACUGUGUCAUCAACCGCUUCCAGGAAGAAUUAGGACAUGAUUUAAAAGAAAAGGCAAAAUCCCACCAGACGGAGCAAAAGGGCAAGAACAGAUUCAUCUUGCUAGAGAAAAUUGCCUCUUUCUCCAAAGAUGCUAAGACUAAAGAGAAGCACCUGUAUGAAAUUCUCCACUGGCUGGGUGACUGGGGUGACAGUCUGACCUAUGAGAUCAGGAACAGGAAGAGUGAGAAGGAAGAGGAAGCCAUGGAUGAAUGGAUUGAGGUGAUGGAGAAAGUACUGCCUCUCUCCCUCAUUGCCACCAAAGGAGGCAUUGAGUCUCUCAUUUCCCUUUGCUCCACUCUUAUUGAAGAACAAAAGAAAAAGACACAAACAUCCAAACAUACUUUCUGGCAAGGCUGGCGCAACAAGAGCCCACAAAAAUCUCCACCAGAACCUCAGCCACUGAGCCCAGAGCAAAUGCUCCAGGACAAGCAAACCACCUACACAAAUGUCUCCGAGGUGAAAGACAUGCUGCAGGAGCUCCUGGACUCCACCAUGUUCAACAAGGGGGAGGUCAGGGCCAUUAGGUACAUGUCUGCUGUGGUGGAAAACCUCAACAAGGCUUUGAUACUCCAGCAUAAGGAGAACAGGACCCUAGAGACCAAAUAUAGAUACAUGAAAAUAGAGAUGACCAAAGAGCUCAGCAGCCAGAGGCUGUAUUUCCAAAAGUCUAUCAAAAUCCUUGAGAAUAAGAGGGAUGCCCUUCUGAAACAGGUAGAAAUCCUAGGGGAAAAGUACCAUGACCUCCUACUGGUUAAGCAUGCCUUAGAGUUCCAACUGAAGAAGGCGCAGAGUGCUAGAGGUCAAGCAGAAGACUCGGUCAAGACUUUUGUUGACUCCCCAGGUCCCCCAGAGAAAGAGACUCUUCCAAAGAAAGAAAUUGUUACGGAGCUCCCAACAAGAAUCUUGGUCUCUCAACAGGAGUCCAAGAAGGAGGAGCAAUUGUUUUUACCACAUUCUCCAAGUCCCAUGGCCAGGGCCUGGGACAGUGAUGAUACAUCUUCAGUAUAUCAGCCACUGUCCACCAUGGCUACACAUUCAAGGAUUGCAGAUAUGUACUGCAGUGAGGACAUUGAAAGCCUUCUACCUGCACUGCCACCCUCAGUGGAUUACAAGUUUCCUAAGACAGGGGAAAGACUGGUGGCAGAAAGCCCAGGCCACAAAGAUGAAGACCAGGAGGAUCUCUUCCAGGAAGAAGCCCAGGAGAAGGGAGAACUCCAAGUUAAGUUCCAUUUUAGGAAGCAGCACUCCCCAGAGAACUCUGGGAAGGCAUCUUCAAAGAAUGAGGAGGGGCACUGGGAGGAGGAACACUGGCAGAGGCGGAGGCAGCAGUGGCUGGAGGAGGAGGAAAUGUGGCUGCAGCGGCAGAAGAAAUGGGCUCUGCUGGAACAGGAGCACCAAGAGAAGCUGCGGCAGUGGGAGAUGGAGGAGAUGGUGAGGGAGCAGCAGCAGAGAUUUGUCCAGCCAGAAAAGGAGCAAGGGAGCCCAAGAAGGGAGCCAGAGCAGCCAAGAGAGGACACAGAAAGGAUGAUCUUCAUGCCCAUCAGUCGAUGGAGGGAACUGCAGACGCCAGAGCCUCCUCCAAGCCGGGUCCAAUCUGCUUGCCAAGGCAGGAGGUCAUACUUGCCCAGGUCCCCUAGUAUCCAGCAAUCUGCCACAGGAAGCCAGAGGAUCAUGAGUUCAGCAGAGCCUGCCCCGAAACCACGGACACCCCGGGUUCCCACAAAACCCAAGAAAUCAGCCUCCUUUCCUGUUACUGGGACAGUCACUCGAAAAGUGACCCGGCCCUCUUUGCAGAUAUCUUUGGUAGUUCGUAAGGAGAAGGUGUACCGGAUGGACAUAGAGGCCCAGAGGAAGAACCUAGAGCUCCUGAGCAAAGGGGCUGAGUUGGGGCUGCCCCAUUACUUGCACAGCAAGGCCUUGGAGCUCACCACCACCACCAUGGAGCUGCAUUCACUCAGGCUGCAGUACCUAUGCCAUAAGUACAUCAUCUACAGACACUUUCAGACACUCCGACAAGAAGUGAUCAACCAUAUACAAGUCAUGCAAAUAACUGGUAUUACCUACAAGGCCCAGCGCCUCUAUGUCUUCCUGGAAAACAUAGACCAUCUACAGAACCUUAGACUGCAGACCUGGACAGACAAACAAAAGAACCUAGAAGAGAAGCGCCGAGAGUGUCUGAGCAGCAUGGUGACCAUGUUCCCCAAGCUCCAGCUGGAGUGGAACGUUCACCUAAACAUUCCUGUGGUCACCUCCCCAAAGCCAAGGAAAAGCAAAUGGCCCCCAGCCUUGUCCCGGCGCUUUCGCUCCAGUGGCUCCUCCUGCAAGCAGCCCCUAGAGCACUUUAAGUCCAAGCAGCGGGAAUGUGUGCCCCUACGGAUGGCCCGCCAACAGGGGAGUCAGAUGGAGGCAGUCUGGAAGACUGAUGUAGCCUCCUCCAGCCACCCAAUAGAAAAGAAGGCUCCUCCCAGCCUAGAGUGGGACCAGCUAGGGGGGUAUCCAGACAUUCCCCGGCUGUUGGCUCUGGAUAUACAUCCCUCCUACUACAAAAAUCUGACGUUCCUCAAGACUUGGUAA